AUAGCUUUCAUCCCUCCUACUAGGUCACUGUGUUCCAGUCCUAUUCCUCAUGAAAAACAAAAGAAAAAAAAAUGAAACCUCAAAGCAUAUCAGUUUGUCAAAAUUGCCGGGACCGUAAGAUCGGGUGUGACGGGAAAGUCCCUGCUUGCACGCAGUGCCGCUGGUUCUUACAACCAUGCCCGGGUUAUCUGCGACAGAUUGUAUUCGUUCACCAAGCACCAGGUGACCCUAACCGCAACAACGACAAUACCUCGCGGCCAAAGCGUCCACAGGAUAACAACAGCCUGGCACAAGGGGUAGCGAUCAACAAGACGGGGGAUCUCAUAAAGAAUUCCACAUAUUUCAGAUGGUCGACGGCGGAGGAGCUACUGGCGGUGGCUAUUGACCAUUUCAUUCCCGCGUCUAACUUGCCGGUAUCCAUCUCGGAGUUGUAUUCGUCGCAAUCGCUGGUCUGCGCUUCCUGGUUAAGUGUGCUCCCCAAUUUCAUCAAUGAAGAACGAUCCGGAUCUCUUACUAUACAGGCUACUAGAGCCCUGGGACUUUCUAUUAUUUGCCGGGGCCAGAGAGGAGAGACCAAGCACUCCCACAAUUCCCAGCGUCUCGAAUAUUACUGCUCUGCUAUCCACCAACUCCAAAGCCAACUGCUCCUGAGCAAUGAGUGCGGUAACGAGCAGACUGUUGCAGCCAUUAUGUCAUUAACGCUUGCAGAGUUGAUGAUGCCAACCUCCCCGCAAGGCUGGAGAUUUCAUGUAAGGGCAGUGGCUGAGUUAGUACGAAAACUUGGCCCGGAUCAUUUUAUUACUUCGACUGCUCACCGGCUGUUUGUUGGCUUCCGCCCUCUGAUCUUGAUCGAAGCCAUCCUCUCACGCAGCCCUACCUUCUUGGGGCUACAGCAGUGGCAAAGUGUUCCAUUUCAGAAGCACUUCCAAUCUCCAAUGCAGCGGCUUUUAGGCUAUGCUGCCGUUCUCCCCUCACUGCUCCAUCAAGCUGAUGCCGCCAAGCUCAUUCCCGCGCAGCAAGGGGUUGCUGAAGUACAAGCCGUUACACAGGCACUAACGAAAUUACUCAAGGAACUUCGACAAUGGGUGCUGUCGUAUCAAAACUUAUUUCGAGGACCUUUGUAUUGGACCAAGCCAAAGGACCGAAAGUCGAGCUACGUCUCCUUAUUACCAUUGUGCUUCCCCAACGCCCUUGCAGCUACGGCUCUCAUUCAUUGCUGGACAUUUCAGAUCAUCUGUCUCACGCAGCUUGAUGAGAUUGGGGUAUUAAGCAAACAUUCUCAACACUGUGGAGACUUCCAUGACGUUUUCCCCCUUCGAAUACCUAAAGACCCGGUGGAUAUCUGUGUCAAAAUCUGCCAAAGUAUGGACUAUUUCUUAGAGGACAACAUGAAAGUAUACGGCCCUGCUGCAGCGAUAUUCCCGUUUCAGAUUGCAUACAGAACCUUGCUUCUGUAUUCAGACCCGCAAUCUGACCAGAUCAAAACGUGCAACGUUGUGAUUUCCUCCUUUCAUCAGAAAGGCUUUGAUGUUGGGAAAUUGUCUUCGGAUUUAUCUUUCACUAUACAGCAGCCACGAACCCAGCUUCGCGGAGACUGAUAAGAGAUGGAUCUCAACGCCCCCUCAGCCAAAGAACUUUGAUAGGCGCCAUAACAAGCUGUCAGGUGACCUGUGUGUGGGUAGCAGCUCCCUUGGUAAAAUAUGUUUUUGCAUUGUGUCCGAGUCAGACACUCGAAUUUGGAUACUGGGGUAGGUCAACAAGACCAGCACUUAGCAAAUCCCUGCUGAAGUAAAUGGAACCGGCCGCUUGUCAACCCAGCUUGGAAGGAAGGAGCAACUCGACGAGCAAGAGCUUGCACGAAAAGCGAUGUCCAUAACUACCCAUCCUCUUUAGUAUCGGCUCGAUUAAUUUGAACGUUCUGUUAGCCCAUGCAUACCUCAGGUGUCUAUUUUGUUCUGGCUUUGG